UGUUAAUGUAAGUAUCAGCAAAAAUCCCUGUAGAGAUUGAUAAAACUUUGGAUGAGAAUUUUAAAAUAAUAAAGGGACAGUGUAAAAAUGAGAUGUGCAAUUUGAUGAUAAAUAGUUUAUAAGAUUAAGUAAUUUUCAAUAAUAAUAUUUAGAACCAAGCCCCUCAUAUUCGAUUAUAAUAUCUAUAUAAUAUUCGACAAUUAGAUUAAAAUAUAUGCUUAUCAGAUUUAUGUAUAAACUAAUUAGAGAAGAACAUAAGUAAUAAUGUCUAAUAUGUAUUCAAAAAAACUCUAUGAUAGAGUAUGGGUAGUCAAUAGAGCAAAUACUGAGAUAAACAGAUUUGUUGAAUUUGAAUGAGAUGAAGUUUUCUUGUGAUUUUAUGAGACCAAUUCCAGUGAUAAUCGAAAAUAAAUUUUAAGAUAGUAUUACAUUAGAUUUGAUUCAUUAAACAAUAUGGGAUUAUAAUAUAUCACCAUUGAUGAGGUUUCGUCAUUUAUUGGGGUUGGCAUAAAGUACAAAAUUGUAAUAAGGGGAUCAUUAAAUGAUUUUGAAUCUAUUAAAACCAGAAUAUAAGAUAGAUGGAAUUCAAUUCAAACUUUUAGUUGAAUAAAAUCCUUAAUUAGUGAGUGAUAUAAUAACAAAGUUACAUAAAAUGGGAUUAAAUUCUCAAGAGUAUAAUUUAAUAAUAAUAGUUAGAUAUUUAGAGUAUUUAAUUUAGAUAAAGAUCAGUAUUUAAACUUUGGAAUUAGUGAAUUAACUAUCAAAGAAUAUAAGUUUACCAGAUUAAUUUCUUAAUAUGUUUAUAACUAAAUGCAUAGUGAAUUGUGAAGAAUUUAAGAUUGUAUAAAAAAUAAUUGAUAAUUUAGAAUCAGCCAUAACAAUUAGCUAGAUAAGUUAGAUUAGUAUCAGUGUUUAUUAGAACAUUGAUUAAACAUAAAGCAUUUGAUCCAAAGAAGAUUUACGUAGAAUUACAAGGGUUUUGUUUGGAAUUUUCAUCGAUUCUGGAGGCAACUUAAUUAUUUAAAACUAUAAAAAAUGCAGUACAAGAAUAAUGAGUUAUUUAUAUAAAUACAUAUACCGC